CUGGUUGAUGACUAAGUUGUCAGUCGUCUUUGCCUCUUUGUUCCAGUCACACAGCUCUGCAUCAGUCAAAGAUGAUGGAUGAAGAAGCCACCAAGCGUUACUGUCGGAUGAGUGACGACGGACAGAAACAAGCUGAGGGAGGGAGUAAAGUCCAGGUCAGUCAGGAGGAGAGAGAGAUCACCGUCCUGCCGCAGAGGAAGACGGACGAUCCGGACGACCUGGCCGAGAUAAAGAUGGCAGCGGCGAACUCGUCCUCCUGCUGUUCGUCUUGUGUCAGUCUGAAGGACAGAUGUCCUCGGCCUCAGGGACUCGUCAGCCUGCUCAUCACCAAAGUGUGUCUGUUCGCUCUGCUGUUCGGAGUCGUCUGGUCCAUCACAGGAAGUGAGUGUUUACCUGGAGGGAACCUGUUCGGCAUCGUCAUCCUCUUCAUCUGUGCCGUGCUCGGAGGGAAACUGGUGGGAAUGAUCCAACUGCCCACGCUGCCCCCCUUCCCCCCGCUGCUUGGUAUGUUGCUGGCAGGUCUGCUGCUGCGUAAUGUUCCCUACAUAACGGACGCCGUCUACAUUGACAACCACUGGUCUGCAGCUCUGAGGAACAUCGCCCUGUCGAUCAUCCUGACCAGAGCCGGACUGGGCCUCGACCCCUCGGCGCUGCGUCGCCUGAAGGCGGUGUGUGUUCGUGUUGCGAUCGGCCCCUGCGUGGUGGAGGCCUGCGUCAUCGCUGUGGUUUCUCACUUCCUGCUGGGUCUGCCCUGGGUCUGGGGUUUCAUACUGGGUUUUGUCCUGGCUGCAGUGUCUCCAGCAGUUGUCGUUCCGUCGAUGCUGCUCCUGCAGAGAGAAGGAUACGGAGUGGAGAAGGGAAUCCCCACACUGCUGAUGGCUGCUGGGAGUUUUGAUGAUAUUUUGGCCAUCACAGGGUUCUCCACCUGCCUGGGAAUCGCCUUCUCUACAGGUUCUACGUGGAUGAACAUACUGAAGGGUCUCCUGGAGGUAGUGGGAGGGGUCAUAGCCGGACUGAUCCUGGGUCUGUUGCUGUGCUGCAUCCCAAGCAAAGACCAGGAGGACCUGGUAUUGAGGAGGACUCUUAUGUUGUUGGGUCUGUCCAUAUUUUCAGUCUUCUUCAGUCAUGUUAUUGGUUUUGCCGGAGCUGGUGGUCUCUGUACGCUGGUGCUGGCCUUCCUGGCUGCUCUGGGCUGGAAAACCGACAAGGCCCCGGUGGCAGCCAUGGUGGGUCGGUCAUGGGAUGUGUUUCAACCUCUCCUGUUUGGUCUGAUUGGAGCAGAGAUCACCAUAGCAACCCUCAGCCCCAGCACCGUGGGUCUGGGUCUGGCCUGUAUCAGUAUCGGCCUGGUGAUCCGCCUGCUCGUCACCUUCCUCCUGGUUCAUUUUGGAGGAUUCAACCUGAAGGAGAAACUCUUCAUUGCUGUGGCCUGGCUGCCCAAAGCUACUGUACAGGCUGCUAUCGGCUCGAAGGCGUUGGACAUGGCGAGGGAGGAGGGGGACGAAGCCUUGAUGAAGUUUGGAUUGGAUGUGCUAACGUUAGCCGUGUUAGCCAUCCUGACCACAGCUCCCAUUGGAGCCCUGGGUAUCGGACUGGCAGGACCACGUCUCCUGGCCCGGCAGGUCAAAGAGGAAACAGAGGGCGAAGCCACGACUCCAACCAGCAACGGGAUUGGUCAAGAAAAAGACAACGUGACCAUUGAGAGCAAGCUAUGAGGCCUUUGAUUGGACAAACUGAAGAAAGCUACAUAAAGCACUCCUUAUGUACACUCUUUAUAUAGAUGAUAAACUGUAUGUAGCUGCAGAUGAUUUAUAUAUAUAUAUAUAUAUAUAUAUUUGUUGUAUGUUUCUUUUAAGCUUCGACAUGCUGAUGAAAGCUUUUGUUAGCUACUGUCACUAACCAAGAUGUGAUGUUACCUCUGCUGUAUAUGACAGGAUGAGAACAGAUGACAUGAGAAGAUAAGAAGUUAAACUUUGAGAUACUACAUGAAAAGAAAAAGGGGAAACUGAGUCUGUAAGAGAAAGUAAAAAUUACGCUUGUGUGUAUCCACAAAAAGGAGAAACAUGCAGAUGGAAUCGAAAAGGUCUGACACCAUACAACACCCAAGACUCAUAGAGUUUGGUCUUUACCUUUGUUUCACUAACAACAAAAGAGGAGAAGCACUUUCAGCCAGAGGACAGUGUUCAGAGCUCUGUGCAGUAAACGAGAACAAAUGCUUCCAGGUGGGACUCAAACGGAGAGUUACCGUGGUAUUUGAAAAAGGUUGUUUUUUCAAAUGGUAACUCAACUUGAGGGUGCUGAAUAUUUAUGUGAUAGAGCACAAUAUAAUAAACUACAAAUCUUUCUUACUUUCAUUAUACAACAGGUGUUUCCUGUUUCUC